CCCAAAGAACAAAUAUCUGGUGUGGAGCAUGGUAUUGACCCUAGUCAUGGCGUUCACUGCACUACUCCUGAUUGUCUUGCUCAUAAGACUAGUGCAAAACAAGAAGGAGAAGGACACAAAAUCUCUCCAAGCACUGCCAUCUAUGUCCAUAAAAGAGGUGAGCACCUGGUCGGGGCUCUACAGAUUCUCGAAAGAGGAGAUUGAAAAUGCCAUGAACUCCAUCAACCCAAGGGUGUGCCUUGGCUAUGGAAGCGCAGGCAUAGUGUACAAGGGUGUCCUUCCAAGUGGCCAAGUAGUGGCCAUUAAACACAUACAGCGUCGCAGCACUGCAGACUCGUUCUAUGCAGAAGUUCAUGGCCUCUCGAGGAUACGUCACCCCAAUCUCGUCUGCCUCUUUGGUUGCUGUGAGGAAGAUCAACAGCAAUACUUAGUCUAUGAAUAUUGCCCUAACGGGAACCUCUCUUACCAACUCCGAAGAAAUGAGACAUUUCUUUCUUGGGAGAGAAGGCUAACCAUACUGAGAGAUUGUGCUUUGGCUCUCAGAUUUCUUCAUAAUUAUCCAGACGGGUGCAUUGUUCAUAGGGAUAUCAAGCUAACUAAUAUUUUGCUGGGUGAAAAUUUUGAGGCAAAACUUUCAGAUUUCGGAUUAGCAAAAAUGUUGGGGAUGGAGCAGAGUAAGGUGUUUACAGAGGUGAAAGGCACAAUCGGGUACAUGGAUCCUGAGUAUGCUAGCAAUGCUACACUCACAUUAGCCAGUGAUAUAUAUAGCUUUGGCAUUGUUAUUCUGCAAAUUCUUUCAGGAAGGAGAGUCAUUGAGCUUGACGUGUUGGCUCGAGAUACGCUGGCUAGAACGGCAAAGGAUGUGAAUUCAGGAAUCCGACCCUUGUCUGAUCUUGUAGAUCCAAAGUUGAAUGGAAAGUACGAUGAGGAACACUUCCGGUCUAUAUUGUAUGUCGCAGUUCUCUGUGUUGCUCAGUCAAGUGAUGGCCGCCCUGAUAUUAACAAUGUCUAUGAUGUGAUGGAGAAUGCUUAUAAGCACUGCAAGUCUGGAAUGGGGUUGGACGAGAUAAGCUUGAAGAUUGUUGCUCCCAAAUCGCGCCCUUUUGAUAUUAUGAAGGCUUAA